CUGACAGUGAAAACACAAUAAAUAUUUUAGAGUGAAACCGUCUGUGUGUUCAGGCAUUUGAUAUUUUGCGUUCGAAGGCAAAACAAUUUAUUUAACGUUGUCAUAAUAGUUUAAAAUUCAGUUCUUAUUGAAAUUAUAAAACUUGUUUAACUUAAUAAAUUAGUAUCGAUUUAAUAGGCCGCAAAAUGUUAUCAGUUUUGGGACAGCUUUCGCGUCAAAACACUCGAGUGAUUUCUCGUUUGGUCAAAGUUCAAGGUGCAAAUUCCGUGCGAAGCAUUUCAUUUGAUUUGAGCGACGAGCAAAAGGAAUUCCAAGAGGUUGCACGUAAAUUUACACGCGAAGAAAUUAUACCGAAUGCUCCGAAAUACGAUAAAACUGGUGAAUAUCCAUGGGAUAUUAUAAAGAAGGCCCAUGCUGUUGGACUGCUCAAUGGACACAUUCCACAGGAAGUCGGCGGUAUGGGAUUGGACGUAUUGACUGGCUGCAUUAUCGCCGAAGAGUUGGCAUACGGUUGUACCGGCAUUAAAACUGCUCUAGAAGCCAGCGGUUUAGGUCAAACACCGGUUAUUAUUGCUGGCAAUCCUGAACAAAAAAAGAAAUAUUUGGGCCGAUUAGUUGAAGAACCAAUUGUGGCUGCGUAUUGUGUAACUGAACCGGGUGCUGGGUCCGAUGUUAGCGGCAUCAAAACAAAUGCCGUAAAGAAAGGUGACGAGUAUAUUCUGAAUGGUCAGAAAAUGUGGAUUACCAAUGGUGGUGUUGCAAACUGGUACUUCUUAUUGGCACGGACCAAUCCAGAUCCCAAAUGUCCUGCUGGCAAAGCAUUCACAGGAUUUAUCGUUGAACGUGACUGGGAAGGUGUGACUCCUGGAAGAAAAGAAAUCAACAUGGGUCAAAGAGCAUCUGAUACGCGCGGUAUUACAUUUGAAGAUGUUCGUAUUCCAAAAGAAAAUGUGCUUGGUAAGGAAGGUGAAGGUUUCAAAAUUGCAAUGAGUACAUUUGAUAAAACUCGGCCACCAGUUGCUGCCGGUGCUAUUGGUCUUGCUCAAAGAGCACUCGACGAAGCUCUGAAGUAUUCUCUAGAACGUAAAACAUUUGGUGUACCAAUCGCAAAUCAUCAAGCGGUUGCGUUUAUGUUGGCUGAUAUGGCAAUUGGCAUUGAAACGGCACGUUUGGCCAUGUACAAAAGUGCAUGGGAAACUGAUAAUGGCAUUCGCAACAGUUAUAAUGCAUCGAUUGCCAAAUGCUAUUCAUCUGAAAUUGCAAAUCGUAUUGCCAGUGAUGCCGUACAAAUAUUCGGUGGUUACGGUUUCAAUACUGAGUAUCCGGUCGAAAAAUUAAUGAGAGAUGCAAAAAUUUAUCAAAUCUAUGAAGGUACAUCACAAAUUCAACGAUUGAUCAUAUCACGAGCUUUGAUCGAUGCCGCCAAAUCAAAACAAUAAAAUUGCAUGCGUUAGAAAUAUCAAAUCAAAUAAA